AUGUUCCUACCAAGAAUCUCCUCGAUGCUCACGCUUCAACAUACCGAGAAGUACGCUUACGAGUUCCUCGACGGAAUCAUCAACGAGUUUGUCGAGAGCCUGGCCUCCAAUCUCGCCAAGUGCGCGGCCAUGAAGGCCCGUGGUGAGAAGGCCAAGCACUUCCGCUUCCGUUAUCUGAGCAAGAAGCGAUCCACCUCCGAGUCCUGCUACAUGAGGAAGCGACUCUGGGGCCCUGUCCAGUCCACCUUCAGCUUCUGGAACCGAGUCAACAUCCGCGAGUUCCUCGGCAUCACUCCUCCUGGCGCACAAGACACUCCCAAGCAUGAAAUGUGUCAAGAAACCACCCAAGCACAGCCGGAUGGAAAGGAGAUUCCUUCCCGCCUCCGUGCCGACGGGACCAUUGAGGAUCGCCGACUGCAGCUCCCCUUCCUCUGCGAGACUCGCAUCAUGCGGACCAAGACCGGCACGUUUUACAUUGUGGUCUCGGAGCCACUUGUCCGUCCGGGCGAAAGCCAAGCCCAGGACACGGGACGACCUCGCAAACACCCCUUUGAAGCCUAUUUCCACUUUGUGCAUUACGGGAUCAUCAGUGUGCUCUCACUUCUCUCGUAA